AUGUCCUACGCAGAGUUGUACCCAUUACUUCUAGAAAAUUAUCUCAUUGCCCCUAUCCCUGCUGAACCUCGCAAACCACCUUUCCCCGAAUGCUAUGACCCCAAUGCUCGAUGUGAAUACCAUUUUGGCAUCAUUGGCCAUUCUUUGGAAAAUUGCACAGCUUUGAAACAUAGGGUGCAAGGACUGAUGAAAGCUGGAUAUCUGAGUUUUGAUACCAAGAUGAAGCCAGUUAUUCACAACAACCCUUCUUUGAUCCAUGUCAAAAUGGAGAAACAAAGGGAAGUGGGAGUAGGUUUGGCACUUUUUGGCCCCAGCCCUAGAAUAGUUCAUGAUGUAUUCAAGGAUAGCUAUCUUAGGAAACGAGGUCAGUUGAGUCUGCACACUUAUAGCACUCGAGCUAGUACCAUAAUCAUGGAAAAUGAAGGUGCCAGUCGAAUGGAUAGAGUAGAAAAAACCCAAGGAGAGAUCGGUGAAACAGUUACAGGAAUGCAACAAAACGUGAACAGACAACUGACAGAAUUAAAACAGAUGAUAGUGGAAUUGACAAAAGGAAAAGAAGUUGUUGAGACGUACAGGACAAGGGAGGAAACAGCUGUCGAGACACCAUUGUAUCUAUCUGGGUUCACAUAUGUUCAAGAUCCCCAUGUGUCACAAACACCUCAAACAACUGAUCAACCUUAUAUUGGCCAUUUUACCAAGUUACCAUCAGUUCAGACAAAUAUCAAUCCUGGGCAUACUCCUCACGACUUCACUACUGUGCCUAAUGUGGAUGAUCAUAAAAAAUUGAAGAAAUUGAAGAGGGUGCCAGAUCCAUCAGAAGAUAUAGUGAUGAAAGAUAAGUAUGAUCUGUUGGAAGGGAGAUUGAAAGCAAUUGAAAGUCAUGAUGUCUACGAGAAUGUUGACGCCAACGAGCUUAGUCUAGUGCCUGAUCUCAUUAUUCCAUCAAAAUUCAAAGCCCUGAAUUUUGAAAAGUAUAAUGAAACUGGAUGUCCUAAAAUACAUUUGGCUCAAUACUGUCACAAAAUGUUUGAAAAGCAGUCAAAUUCAUACUUGGAGAGAUUUAUCACGGGCAUUCUUGAAGCAAUACCAAUAUAUGUUGGAGUUAGCUCCGGAUCGAUUAACCCUCCAAAAUAUGAGAAAGAACCCAAUGAGAGCUACAAAGAAUAUGCUGUUAGAUGGAAGAAUAUGGCAUCACAGGUACAACCACCUCUUACCAAUAGGGAGUUGAAUUCCCUAUUUGUGGAUACCCUUCCUUCUCCCUAUUAUGAUAAAAUUGAGGAUGGGAUAAGAAGGGGAAGAAUUAUAAAUACUGGUGAUGAAAAAAGAGGAGAUAUUUUUGCAAAACAAGCCCAAGAAAUAAUUGUUAAAGGGCAAAAUGAGAGAAAUCUCACCAUGAUGCAAGAAGAUCCAACAGAUGAUUAUUCACAAUGGCUACCAUAUUGCCCCCAACCAAUAUUUACGAUCGAUGAUUUUCCUCGACCACUUCAUCUGUAUGCUCAAAUUCCUUCACCACGAACAGAACCAAGGAUCAACUUAAGCCAUUCACAGAGUCGUAAGAGAAAGAGAGCCAAAGUGUAUCAUUCACUUUCAAUACCUUACGCUGAGCUCUUUACUUUACUGAUAGAGAAUCAUAUGAUCUCUGUUGUUCCUGCAAGACCCAGAAAGCCUCCGUACCCGAAGUGGUAUGAUCCUAAUGCUAAAUGUGAAUUUCAUGAUGGAGUUAAGGGGCAUUCCAUAGAAGAUUGUACUGCCUUCAAGGAUAAAGUUCAAGCUUUGAUCGAUGCAGAUGCUGCAAAGUUUAAAGAGCUAGUUGGUGGUUUUGAUGAUUGA